AUGCGAUGGACAUCUAGCUCCAGCUGGAUAUCGCAGGUGCUGGCCUCAGAGCUCAGCCUGAUCGCCUUCAUCCUGCUGCUUGUGAUGGUCUUCUCCAAGAAAUGGCUGUACCUCUCUGGAAGCCGCUUCUAUCAGCGUUGGCCGGCGAAUGUCAGUGCCAGAAUCCACACCAAGGCCCAUAUCAUGUCCAUGGGGCUCCUGCAGAUCUGCAAAUCCAGGAGCUGUUACACCCUGCAGCACGGGAAAGUCACCUUCAUUUUCUUCACCCUCAUGUUGUUCCCAAUUAACCUCUGGAUCUUUGAGUGGAAGAGGAAUUUAUCAAUCCCCAUUGGCUGGAGCUACUUCAUUGGUUGGCUGGUGUUUUUCCUAUAUGUUACCUGUGCGGUUCUUUGCUACUUCAACCAAAAAAAAUUCGGGAAUCUGGUUCUGACGCAUCCCUUUGACACCGUGCCAUGCAGUAGCAGUUUCGGCUCAGUCAAAGACUCCUUGAGUGAGAACACAGAGAUCACUGGCAGCCAGAUGGAAGCCUCGAACCCCAAGAAAAAAGAAGACGUCUCUGUAACCUCUUCUGAGUCGCCUCCACCCUCCGAGAGCGGCGCGCUGGGGAGAAUGAGCCGGCCGCAGGCGAAGGUGGGUGUGGCGCGGACCACCGAUCCCGGUGAUCGAGAAGAAACAGUGGAGGGGCCCUGA